UCCGGGGGCGGGGAGCCUAGAGCAGAGUCGUGGGUCCAUCCCGCGCUUGCCUUCAGCGCGGAAGCUCCCGGCUGGCCCUGGUCUCCAGAUCAAGAACUGUUGGCAGUGGAAACAAUUUACUCCUCCUUCUCCUCCCGGAGAUCCUAUACUUCCCCGCACGCCGGCUCCCGCUCCCAAGAACAGACCCGAAGAGUGAAUCCCCAAACGCAGCCAGGAGCUGCUUCCCAACUCCGCUCCCGAAGCUGGUUGGAGGUUGAUUUCCGAGAGACUCCGGAUUAGGGUCUGCUGUGAGCCCUCCUCCAGGAUCCGGCUAGCAUUGCCCGUUUUAAAAGAGGAUUUCCUUAUUUCCUCUGAACACUCUUUUCCACAAAAUUUCUAAAAGAGGUCGGUGGGAAAGAUUUGGGCGGGGAGCAUUUUAGCAACAGCAUCAACCCCUCCAGAGCACCAAGGGAGCAUUUAGUAAUUGCCUUUGGGUAUUGGAAUCACCCUCUGGACCUGGGAGCAAGCGAUCCAGAGAGGGAAGAGUACAGGGGACAGGCGACGCGCUCCAGCCGAAGCCACCUCCUUCUCGGCCGCCCCCUCCUCACUCCCCUGACACACUCGCUAGCUCGCUUGCCGGCGCGCGCAUCCCUCCAGCCCCCCCCUCCGCCGGACCCGCACCUCGGCGGGCGCCACACACUCGGCAGCCCGAGCCGCGGUAGCCGCAGCGGGAUGGAGUCGGCAGGCACUGAGCGCCCCGCAGGCUGGCCCGGGGCGCCCCUCGCCCGGACGGGGCUGCUGCUCUUGUCAACGUGGGUCCUGGCUGGGGCCGAGAUCACUUGGGGCGCAACGGGAGGUCCCGGGCGCUUGGUGUCCCCGGCUUCGCGACCACCAGCGUUGCCUCCUCUCUUGUCACGGGCAGCGGAGAACCAGUGGCCUGAGGAGCUGGCAUCUGCACGGAGAGCGGCUGCACCGAGGCGCCGGUCCAGGCUCGAGCUACUGUCCCAGGCGAGCCGCGGGGAGAUACCGACUGAAGCUGCGGGAGCGUCGCCUGAAGGCGCGAGGUGGGUCCGGGGCAUCCCAGCUCCUAGCCAGGCGGGCAGCGCGAGGAGGACUCGCCGGGCUCAGCCCCCCAGCACUCUGGAGCGCGGGGACGCUUGGGCUACUGCUCCCGCAGAUGGUGCCAAAGGAAACCGUCCUCAGACCAAGGGUUCCCGGGAGGACGUGAAGGCGACGCGGACCGGAGGAUCGGCGACUGAGGAGCUCCGAUUGCCCAGCACGUCUUUUGCACUGACAGGGGACUCAGCUCACAAUCAAGCCAUGGUGCACUGGUUCGGACAUAACAGCAGUGUCAUACUGAUCCUGACGAAGCUCUACGACUUCAACCUGGGGAGUGUGACUGAGAGUUCUCUGUGGAGGUCAGUAGAUUAUGGUGCCACCUAUGAAAAACUAAAUGACAAAGUGGGCUUGAAGACCGUCCUCAGUUACCUCUAUGUCAACCCCACCAACAAAAGGAAGAUCAUGCUUCUUAGCGAUCCUGAAAUGGAGAGCAGUAUAUUGAUCAGCUCAGAUGAAGGGGCAACCUAUCAAAAGUAUCGGCUUACAUUCUACAUCCAGAGCCUUCUCUUCCAUCCCAAGCAGGAGGACUGGGUGCUGGCCUACAGCUUGGACCAAAAGCUUUAUAGCUCCAUGGACUUCGGCAGGCGAUGGCAACUCAUGCAUGAGCGCAUCACGCCCAACAGGUUUUACUGGUCGGUGUCCGGAUUGGAUAAAGAAGCAGACCUGGUUCACAUGGAAGUGAGGUCGGCAGAUGGAUAUGCCCACUACCUCACCUGCAGAAUCCAAGAAUGUACUGAGACAACUCGGAGUGGCCCCUUUGCCCGCUCCAUUGACAUCAGUUCCCUGGUCGUCCAGGAUGAAUACAUCUUCAUUCAGGUAACCAUAGGUGGAAGAGCCAGCUACUACGUGUCCUAUCGAAGAGAAGCCUUUGCCCAGAUAAAGCUGCCCAAGUACUCCUUGCCAAAGGACAUGCACAUCAUCAGUACGGAUGAGAAUCAGGUGUUUGCAGCCGUGCAAGAAUGGAACCAAAAUGACACCUACAACCUCUACAUCUCAGACACACGUGGGAUCUACUUCACACUGGCUAUGGAGAACAUUAAGAGCAGCCGAAGUCUAAUGGGGAACAUCAUUAUUGAGUUAUAUGAGGUAGCAGGUAUCAAGGGCAUAUUCCUGGCAAACAAGAAGGUGGAUGACCAGGUGAAGACGUACAUCACUUACAACAAAGGCAGGGAUUGGCGUCUACUGCAAGCUCCAGAUGUGGACCUGAGAGGAAGCCCAGUGCACUGUUUACUGCCCUUCUGUUCCCUACACCUGCAUCUGCAGCUCUCUGAAAACCCAUAUUCUUCUGGAAGAAUCUCCAGCAAGGAUACAGCUCCUGGACUUGUGGUUGCCACAGGCAAUAUUGGCUCAGAACUCUCUUAUACGGAUAUCGGUGUGUUCAUCUCCUCUGAUGGGGGCAACACAUGGAGACAGAUCUUUGAUGAAGAAUACAAUGUGUGGUUCCUAGACUGGGGUGGUGCUCUGGUGGCCAUGAAACACACACCUCUGCCAGUCAGGCAUUUGUGGGUGAGUUUUGAUGAGGGCCAUUCCUGGGACAAGUAUGGUUUCACAUUGCUGCCUCUUUUCGUGGAUGGGGCGUUGGUGGAAGCAGGAGUAGAGACCCACAUCAUGACAGUUUUUGGCCACUUCAGCCUGCGCUCCGAAUGGCAGUUGGUGAAAGUGGACUACAAGUCUAUCUUCAGCCGGCGCUGUACCAAGGAGGACUUUGAGACUUGGCACCUGCUCAAUCAGGGAGAGCCUUGUGUCAUGGGGGAAAGGAAAAUAUUCAAGAAACGCAAGCCAGGUGCUCAGUGUGCCCUGGGCAGAGAAUACUCUGGGUCGGUGGCAUCAGAACCCUGUGUCUGUGCGGACUGGGACUUCGAAUGUGACUAUGGCUAUGAGAGACAUGGAGAGAGCCAGUGUGUCCCAGCUUUCUGGUACAACCCAGCUUCCCCUUCAAAGGACUGCAGCCUUGGUCAAAGCUACCUUAACAGCACUGGGUACCGAAGGAUUGUAUCCAACAACUGCACUGAUGGCUUAAGGGAUAAAUAUUCUGCCAAGACUCAGUUAUGUCCUGGAAAAGCUCCUCGGGGCCUCCAUGUGGUGACCACUGAUGGGCGCCUGGUGGCAGAACAGGGACAUAACGCAACCUUCAUCAUUCUAAUGGAGGAGGGUGACCUCCAAAGGACAAACAUCCAGCUUGACUUUGGGGAUGGGGUUGCUGUGUCCUAUGCCAACUUCAGCCCCAUUGAGGAUGGCAUCAGGCAUGUGUAUAAGAGCGCGGGGAUCUUCCAGGUGACAGCCUAUGCAGAGAACAACCUUGGCUCUGACACAGCUUUCCUCUUCCUUCACGUGGUUUGUCCAGUGGAGCACGUUCACCUUCAAGUUCCAUUCGUCGCCAUAAGAAAUAAGGAUGUUAACAUCAGUGCCGUCGUGUGGCCCAGUCAGCUCGGGACCCUUACCUACUUCUGGUGGUUUGGCAAUAGCACAAAGCCCCUCAUCACCUUGGACAGCAGCAUCUCUUUCACAUUCCUUGCAGAGGGAACCAACACCAUCACUGUCCAGGUAGCUGCUGGGAAUGCCCUCAUCCAAGACACAAAAGAGAUUGCUGUACACGAAUACUUCCAGUCACAGCUCUUAUCAUUCUCUCCAAAUCUGGAUUACCACAAUCCUGAUAUCCCCGAGUGGAGGCAAGACAUUGGCAACGUCAUCAAGCGAGCUCUAAUUAAAGUGACCAGUGUCCCAGAAGACCAGAUCCUUGUGGCCGUGUUCCCAGGUCUCCCCACUUCAGCAGAGCUUUUCAUCCUCCCACCUAAGAACUUGACAGAGAGGAGGAAAGGCCACGAAGGGGAUCUAGAACAAAUUGUAGAGACACUAUUUAAUGCGCUUAAUCAAAACUUGGUACAGUUUGAGCUGAAGCCAGGUGUCCAGGUCAUUGUUUAUGUGACACAGCUGACAUUAGCUCCCCUGGUGGACUCUAGCGCCGGGCACAGCAGCUCUGCCAUGCUGAUGCUCCUCUCAGUGGUUUUUGUCGGCUUGGCUGUGUUUCUGAUCUACAAGUUUAAAAGGAAAAUCCCCUGGAUUAACAUCUACGCCCAAGUCCAACAUGAUAAGGAACAGGAGAUGAUUGGGUCAGUGAGCCAAAGUGAAAAUGCCCCCAAAAUCACCCUCAGUGACUUCACCGAGCCUGAGGAGCUGAUGGACAAGGAGCUGGACACGCGGGUCAUAGGAAGCAUUGCUACCAUCGCGAGCAGUGAGAGCACAAAGGAGAUCCCCAACUGUACUAGUGUUUAACAAAGAAGCCACGUGGGCCAUCACCUUCCUGACUUUUUAUUUUUGAUGACUACUAUUACUAUUAUUAUGGAAAAAUGAAAAUGUCUUUUUUUUACCUUUUGUUUACCAAGGGUCCCUUCAUAAUUAGUGGGCAGAUGCUUAGCUUUGGGAAGCAAAAACAAAAAAA